AUUUGACGGUCAUUUUGUAGUAAAAAAAUAAAUAAAUUUAUCGAUAGAAAAUUAAAUGUUCGAAAUUUUCACCCAUCUCUACUAAAAUUUAAGCUCAAAAAUGCAUCUGUACCUCUAAAAAUCCCAAAAAUCGUAAAAAAAAUGUUAAAACCUGCAAAAAAAUAAAAGAAAAAAAAAAUAUUUAUUAAAUAAAUAAAAUUCAUACGUAAAGGUAGUUGUGAAAUAAAUCGCACACACGUAGAAAAAAAAAAUACAAAAGAAAAAAAUUCGAAUGGGAUAAAAAAUUUUAUGUGCAAAUCUGUCCAAAAAAUCAUUAAAAUUAAGAAGAAAAAAAUUAAAAUUUAGCAAAAAAUCAUAAAAAUCGUAAAAAAAUGGUAUUUUUCACGUCGUUCUUCGCUUUUCGUGAGCCUCCAGAUAAAGUUCCCGUCGCAGAAAAUAUCUCUGCGCAAACAAUUGGACCAAAUGGCGUACUUUCCAUCCAUCAUUCGGGCGUUCCGAGUCUCAAUCCCAUCAACCAGAAUUGCGCUGCGAUGAAUGGCGUCGCGCAAACCAAAACACAAUCCGACAGCAGUGUCGAGCAAGGCAUCCCGUGUUCGAAUCGUUGGCAUCCGGGAGGUCCUUCGCUCAGUGGUCGACCCUGGAUGGAGGGAAUUUUCGGAUGUAUGAGACCCGUGCUGUCGCUGAUCGGGAAAUCGCACAUGAUGGAUCCGCAAAUGCGACGAACGGGCGACGAUUGGGAGAUUCCCUUCGAAAUUAUCACAGAUCUCGAAUGGUUGGGAUCGGGAGCGCAAGGCGCUGUGUUUAGCGGCAAGUUGCGCGGGGAAAUGGUUGCUGUGAAAAAAGUUCGGGACGUCAAAGAGACGGAAAUUAAGCAUUUGAGGAAGUUGGACCAUGAGAAUAUUGUUAAGUUUAAGGGUGUUUGUACCCAAUCGCCAGUUUUUUGUAUUAUUAUGGAAUAUUGUCCUUACGGACCUCUGCACGAAAUUAUCAAAGAAGAUGACAUUGUACCUCCAAUCAGAUUCGUUACAUGGGCCAAACAAAUAGCGCAAGGCAUGCAAUACCUUCACCAACACAAAAUUAUUCAUCGAGAUCUGAAGUCGCCAAACAUCCUGAUUGGCAAAGAAGAAAUUGUAAAAAUCAGCGAUUUCGGCACAAGUCGCGAAUGGAACGAAAUCAGUACAAAAAUGAGUUUCGCCGGAACAGUUGCCUGGAUGGCGCCCGAAGUCAUCCGAAACGAACCUUGUUCGGAAAAAGUCGAUAUUUGGUCAUACGGCGUCGUUCUAUGGGAACUCAUGACAUGCGAAGUCCCGUACAAAGACGUUGACUCCUCGGCGAUAAUUUGGGGCGUCGGAAAUAAUUCACUUCAUUUGCCAAUUCCAACGACAAGUCCGCCAGGCUUCAAACUUCUCAUUGAACUUUGUUGGAAACCGAAGCCACGAAAUCGUCCCUCGUUCAAAAUCAUCUUGAACCAUUUGGAAAUCGCGGGAACGGAGUUGUUGGAACAAAGUGACAUCACAACCGAGGAAUAUUUCGAAAGGCAAAAACGAUGGCGUGAGGAGGUUCGAGGUCAUAUGCUUACGAUGGCAAGUAACAGCUCAAAUAUCCACAAAUACGAGCAAGAUUUGAUCAAAAAACGCGAAGAUGAGUGGAAACAUGCGAAAGAAGUGCGCGAAAUUUACGAAAAUCGACUUGCGAUGGCGAACCAACUUUUUAUGAAGCUCGAACAGCGGGAAAGGGAAAUUGCGGAACGUGAGAAAAACCUUCCGGGGUUCAAGAAACAAUACAAGCGGAUCGUAAAUCCGAUAAAAAAUGCUCAUGAACGUCAUCGGAGAAAGUGUGCGUCGCAAACGCAACUUCCCGUGUCGAAUCUCGUGACGCAGGACUCGACAAGUACGCCUUCGCCCUUAUCUCCGGUCGCUCCAGUUGCCGUAACUUCUCCCAAAACCUCCAAAUUGUAUGCUCAAAUCGACUCUCCGUCGUCAGUGGCGCCCCCAAAAUCCGUCGUAAUCACGACAAACGGCUCGCAUCGCACAAAAAAGCUUCGUCAUCGUCGCACAGGCAGCGGAACAGGCUUUUACACCCCAAAAUCCAGCCCCUCACGUGAUCGAAAGACUCAUAGCGAACCAAAUGACACAAAAGUACUCGUUAGUACGGAAACCCAAACGGAUGCCAUGGAUGUGAGUGAAACUGAUGCAAGCAGUCCUGUGCAUGGAUUACCUGCGAAAUCGACAACAACGACGGGACGACGCAUCACAAUGUGCUUGUACGAAGACGAAUCCACGCAAAAAACGACAAUUGCCUAUAUUAAGCCCAUUAAUGAAGCUCCAACGACGGAAAAAGACGAAGUUGAUAAAAAACUCCAAGAAAAUGAGGAAGAAGAAGAUCGCCCGGCAACUCCUUCCCUGAUGAAUGGCAACGUUUCCAUGACAAACAGCGGCGUAAGUGUUUAUCGCGAUGCCUGUUCGAGCCCCGAUCUCUUGAAUGAUUUGAUGAAUAGUAACGAGAGACUCGAUACGAGGGAAUGUAGCGACGGAGAUAAUUUGGAAAGACUCGAGAAAAAAGUUCAGGAAUUUAUUACGGAUAAAAGUCGGGAGAAUGGCAACUCGAUUGACGUACAGCAAAAGUACAGCGGGAAGAAAAGGAGCUUCAUAAGUGUCACGGAGAGUCCCGACGGUGCCAAGAAUUUUAGUCGCUCGAGCAGCGGGAGACACAGCCAAUCAAGACUCGAAUCUCAUUAUCAUCACAAGGAUGAGCAAUGUAAUGACAGUUGGACCGAUGAGGAGGGAGAAGACACUUAUGACUCGUAUGUGUUGCGGAGAAAGAGUGUCGCCCGCCUUCCAAUUCGUCGUCGCUACAAACAUUCCUCCUCCCUCAUCGCAGUAUUAAAGAGUUCGCGGCAAAUUCUCAUGUCUGACGAAGAAAACACCUCGGAAUACAGCCAUCCGCCCUCUAGUCAACACUCGACGCUCGAAAGCAACCCCGAAGUCUGCCUGAAACAACUGAAACGUAUGCAGGAACGGAAGCGGAUGCGAUCGAAGAGUGUCGACGACGCAAAUCGCCUAAACGCCAUGACGAGCAGCAGUAGUGUCAUGAUUUCGAGUCAAGAGAACGAAUGUGAACACGAAACAAGCUCCGCUUCAGAUUCGGAUGACGACGAUCUGGACGAUGGAAAAAACUGCAAACGAGACACGUUGAACGGGAACGGCGGCAUGGAACGAAAAGAGGAAAUAGUUUCGUAUUAAAAAAAAAAAAAAAGUUAUGAACUUGUAAAAAAAAUCGUAUUUUUGUAUGCUGUAGAUCAGUAACUAAGACAGAAAAAAACAUUCCGUUGCAAUUUUUGUGUAUUAAUUUAUUAUAAAUAAUAAUUAUUAUUAUAAAAAAUUAAAUUAAAUUAAAAAAUGUUAAAUUUAAAAAAAAUAUUCAUUAAGAAUGAAUGAAAAGAGACAUUCCUUUGCUGCCAUUUAUUAUUUAAAAUUUAAUUAAAAAAUUAUUAUUAUUUAAAAUUUAAGCGAAAACGAACAUUCCAGUUCUUCCUUCAUUAAUUUCAAUUUUUUUCAUUUUUUUUUUCUCAAGCAAUAUUAACAUUUAAUUUAAAAUUAAGCGACAAACGACAAAAAAUAACUCAUUUAUGUACUUAAAAAAAACUUAAAGGUACAAAUAUUCAUUACGUAGCAAAAUCUCAUUUUAAUAGAUAGAACUAAGGAAGCAGUACUUAUUUUUCGCCCAUUUCGCGUUUCAUUUAUUGACAUAAGUCAAGUCAGCAGUAAACUUAUUUUUUUCGACGACAAGCAAAGGACUUGUAAAAAAAUCGUAUUUUGUCCAAUUAUUAUUAAUUAAUAUUAAAAAAAUUAAUUAUUGUACGAAAAAAGAGAAAUGAAAAAAGACUAGCAUAAAAAAUUAUGUUAAACAUGUAGGAUUUUUGUUUUAAGUUGAAAAUAUGUAUUGUGAAACAUUUAUUUGAAUUGUAUAAAAAAUAAGAUUCUGUGAAACAA